AGCGAAUAGUUGGGAAGGGCCCUAAUUUACAUGUUGGUUUGUUGGAAAGACAACAAGUGAACAAUUCCAACUCAUUCUCAAAGUUAUCGUAGCCGAAGUAGUCUAUCUUAGAUUGCGAGGGUAAUUCCGUGAUGUCACAAUUGAAAUCCCCAAAAGCGGGGAAAGCGGAAGUGAAUAAUUGUACAAGGGAAUUUUUCCUUUUGAGGUGCUUUGUGCUUGUCACGCUAUUUCUGUCAGUUCUCCUUCUUUUGCUAUAUUUGGUCAAUCUCAACUCCAGGGUUUAUCUUCUCGAGGAAAAGCUACAAAAGCUACAAUUAUUAGAGGAGAAUGACGUCACAAACAAAAAUGAUAUUGAGGGACUUGAGCAAGAAUUAUUACGUCACAGAAGAAGUGCGACCAUCAGCAGAAACAAAAGAUGCCGAAAAUGUGCGAGAAAAAAAUAUGGUUGUCACCUUGUCACAAGUGCGUCACAAAAUACGAUUGUCGCACACAACGGUAUCUUCGAAUGGACACGAGACGAUCCUUUGUCAGAAUGUCACAUGGCAACCACACCAAUUGGCGCUCCUGUGCGAAGUAUCAAAAUUCUGGAGAGCGGACUUUACUACAUUUACGCGCAGGUAACAUACCGCGCAACAAGAACACGUGUUGCACCUUGGAAUGGACAAGUGUUGUUUGAAAUACGGAUGACGGACGAUCACCCGGAUUUAUUUGAACCAACAACAACGACCUUAUUGAGAUCAUUCUCACAUACAAGGGCCAUGAACACCACUCCUGUCCCAGAAUCUGGUUAUUUAGGUGGCUUACAAAGAUUACACGCCGGUCAAGUUAUUUUCGUGCAUGAGAGCACACCGAUGCGAAGGUACAGUAUGCAACCGACGGAAAAUUACUUUGGCGCAUUCCUGGUCCAAAGACUAAAGUGAUGAAUUGAAGAAAAUCAUGAUCUGCACAAAAAGUCACCAUCGGAAGUGUAAAUGACUUGUACAUUAUCAAUCUUGUAUUGUAGUGAUUUUAGUUUGCUUAUUCUUACACACAAUCGUGCUUCACAUUCGAUAAUCGCGCCAUUAAACAACUGCCUUUCAAA